GGAACCCACCAAAAUCACCUUUCCGUUUGAGUCAACCAGAUUGCUCACCGAAGUCUUUCUUUCGAUUUUUACUAGAUUUCUCGUGUUUUCUUCAGAGAAAUUUAUGGAGAACCAAUGGGAGCUUUUCCCCCAUCCUUGGUUUUACCUGCAACAUGCAAUUUCCUCAUAUUCUCAUGCUUCAUUGGACCACGAAUUUGGGAAUGCUGAGUUAUCAUAUGAAGGCCCUGAAAGGUUCAAAUGCUGUGGUGGGUUUAAAGUUUAAAGCAUCGAAGUGGGCAUCAGGGGCUCUUAAAAAGGUUGAGGAAUGAGAAAAAAGGGUUUGGCAGAAUGAGAAUGCAGGGCUGGAGAGGCAAAUUAGACAAUUGUAAAACAUAAAAAUUGGAUUUAGUCUAGCAUGCACAACAGUGACUAUUGGAUAAACCCCCUAAUAUUAGAACCUUCCUCCUAUCCAGUUGUUCCUAUUCUGCAGUUCGGAUCACACAACAGUUUUUCAAAAUAAAACAUGACAAUUUCA